AUGGCUGAGAAGGCGGCCAAUCUGCAGACAACGGUCGACGACGACUCUACGAGCUCCACACCCAUUGUCGCUCAGAAAUAUGCCGACGUGACUCUUGAGUUUGUUGAGCUGUAUGGCGAUUCCACUCCACCCUUGACCGAAAAGGAAGUAAAGAGCCUGUCCCGCAGGUUGUUCUGGUAUAUCAUCUUGUUACUUACACUGACGAAUCUUUUAUUAUUUAUCGACAAAUCCACCCUGGCAUACGCCUCCUUACUUGGCAUAUUCGAGGAGACCAAUCUAAAUGACACUCAAUACAACAACCUCAACACUCUUUUCUACGUGGGAUAUUUCGUUGGCCAGUUCCCAGGUCAUUAUCUAAUGCAACGCCUGCCGCUGGGAAAAUACGUUUCUGGCACAGUCUUUCUCUGGUCUUUAAUCAUUUUCCUGCAUGAUACGGCCAGAAGCUAUGGUGGCCUGAUCCCCUUGCGUUUCUUUCUGGGCUUCGUCGAGUCAUCACUGGUGCCAGCCAUGGAAAUCACGUUGGGCAUGUUUUUCCCUCCGAAAGAACAGGGCGCCCUGCAGCCCCUAUUCUGGGUAUCAUGUAUGGGCUCAAACAUUCCGACAGGAUUUAUUGCUUAUGGUCUGUUGUGGAGUCAGAGCAGUAUACGUCCGUGGAAGUUCCUUAUGAUCAUUACAGGUGGUCUGAGUCUGCUUUUAUCUGUCUUCUGCUGGUUCUUCUACCCUGAUAAUCCGGCGCAUGCUAAGUUUCUGAGCCGUGCCGAAAAGCUUCAUACUAUCAAGCGUGUGCAUGAUGCUACCAAGGGGUCAAUUGAGCAAAAGCAAUUCAAACGAUACCAAGCGAUCGAAACUCUUCGUGACCCUGUUUCAUGGUUGUUUGCGUUGCAGGCAUUCACGUUGAUGAUUUCGAAUAAUCUAGGAUAUCAACAAAAUCUGCUCUUUCUAAGUUUGGGUGUAUCAAACCUGGGAUCAACCUUGGUCGGAGUCGCCAGUUCCGGAUUCUCAGUGGUUUGCAGCAUUGUUGCAUUCUUCCUCAUGAAAAAGUUCCCAAAUAACAACGCCUACUGGUCAGUGCUCUGGAUAUUACCUGCGAUAGCCGGUGGAAUCGGUAUGGUGACUGUCCCUUGGGAGAAGAAAAUCGGCUUGCUCGCCUGCUUGACUUUGGCAGGAGGUACUUUUGGUAUUUCCUAUAUCACCGCUCUGGGCUGGACAAGCUCCUCUGCAUCCGGAUACACGAAGAAGUUGACACGCAACGUUAUGUUCAUGGUCGGAUAUAGUAUCUCAAACAUUAUUUCGCCUCAGAUCUGGGUUGCGAGAAAUGGGCCUCGUUACUAUCCGGCAUGGAUAGUGCAGAUUGUGGUCAGUUGGGUUGGUACACCGGUUAUAUUAUUGAUUAUUCGAUACAUUCUUUCGAAGAGAAACAAGGAGCGACGGGAGUGGAUUGCGCAGCAGCAGGCAUCGAGAGCGCUUGGAUUUGUGGAAAAAGUCGAUGAUGAUGGACGCGAGGUGCAAACCACGGUGGAUCUUGCAUUUUUAGACCUUACAGACCUGGAAAACAAAUACUUCAUCUAUCCGCUAUAA